AUUGUUGACAAGAAGACACAAAUGUUUUUAGUGAAACUUUGAUAAGUCUUUUCAUUCGAACACCACAUCAAUAUGAGCAAAAGAAAAGGCCCCGAAACAGCCUCAAAACCAAAUGCCGAUUUCAGCGAUUUUCUUAUGGAACUAGCUAAUUACGAAAAGAAUGUCAAUCGAGCCAUGCACAAGUAUAAUGCCUAUAGGAAAGCUGCUGGAGCAGUGGCCAAACAUCCAACUAGAAUUACAAGUGGCGAGGAGGCCAGAAAGCUGGAUGGUGUUGGCAUAAAGAUUGCCAAGAAAAUUGAGGAGUUCAUUAAAACAGGAAAGUUGGAGAAGCUGGAAAAGAUAAGAGCAGAUGACACCAGUGUGGCCAUAAAUGAACUGACACGUGUCACUGGCAUAGGUCCUGCAAAUGCUCAAAAGCUUGUAUCUGAAGGAAUUACUAGUAUUGAAGAACUGAAAAAGCAUACAAACAAGCUGAAUCAUCACCAGCAAAUUGGCCUAAGACACUUUAAUGACUUUGAAAAAAGAAUACCAAGAGAGGAAAUGCUGAAACUAAAGGAAAUUGCAUUUGGAGAAAUAAAAAAGGUUAGUGAGGACUAUACAGUUGAGGUGUGUGGCAGUUUUCGCCGAGGGGCAGGGAGUAGUGGGGAUAUCGAUAUCCUGCUUACUCAUCCAGCCUUCACUUCAAAAACUAAGAAACAGCCAGAUUUAUUGCACAGAGUGGUGAAGCAUCUGGAAGACAUAAAGUUUGUGACAGACACACUUUCUCAUGGGGAUUCAAAGUUCAUGGGGGUGUGCUGUCUUACAAAAGAAGAAGAUGGUCCAGAACCCUGUUUCAGAAGAAUAGAUAUCAGGUUCAUUCCUCAUGAUCAGUUCUUCUGUGCCUUGCUGUACUUCACUGGGUCUGAUGUUUUCAACAUGAAAAUGCGUCAGCAUGCCCUUGAUCAAGGGUUCACACUUAAUGAGUACUGUCUUCGUCCUAUUGGCAGCACAGGUGUCCCUGGGGAACCUUUGCCUAUAACAAGUGAAGAGGACAUUUUUGAGUACAUUGGUAUGCCAUACAAAAAACCGAGUGAGCGAUCAGCUUAAUAGUUCCCACAGGCUAAUUUACAAAGAGUGCAAUCUUGAAUAGCCCCUGGGGAUCAAUAAAGUUGUAUUGCAUAGGUUUAUUUUCAACAUCCAAGUAUUAACACUUUUUGAUGACUGUAGCUUUUUAUGUUACUCAUGUCAACUCAGGAAAUAUGUCUACGUUAACAGCACAAUGUAUGAUGCACCACACCUUCAUAGUAAAAUGUCUUCAUUAAGUAGAAGCAAUUUCUAUCAAAUUAACCAACAUAGUCAUCUUCUGUAUACAAAGUGCAAAUGGACUACUGUGAACAGUUUAUCACAAUGAAAAGUUUGGUAGCGUGCAUAACUACAGAUUAUAAUUGUCCUCGCCAUAAUCUAAAUGUACACUGAUGUACAUUGCUAGUAAAUGUCACCCUCCUCUUUCCUACAUGCAUUUGAGAAGUUAUCUUAUCAACUGAUCACUGGUCAUUUUGCCCCAAGAUCAUAUCUCCUCAGUCAUAUCAUCUCAGCUAUGUCCAUAUCAUCCUGAGUAAGUUCAUACUGUCCGAACACUGAAAGCAUAAUCGUCCCAGGCCCAAAAGACGAAUCAAUCACCAAUGACACAAGUAGCUAUUAAUGUCAAAUAUUACUAACAGAGCCAUUUGUUCGAAUGCAAAGAACCGCCUUUUUCAAAGAGUUAUAUGAAGAUUUAAAUUUUUUUUUUUACUUAACCCAACGCUUAUAAUCGUUAUAUUGAAAUGCACACAUUGUAAGUAUAGCAUUUUGGCUAGUAUAGUACAUAUAAUAUUUAUGUACAUAUUUUCUGUUUAGCAACUACAUUAGCUUUACUCUUUAUAUAAACUUUGGUUACUUACCUGUGUGUUUGUAUGCAUGAUACACCAUUAUUGAUGGUAAUAAAAUGAUUCAUCAAAAAUGUUUUACAACUUUGAUGUCUCGAAA